CCCGACGGCGUACGGAUCCGUGGCUAUAGUGUGGUAGACGGCACUACGGCGGUGUGCCCAUUCUCCAUACGGACUCCAACGCCUUUGGUUGGUCGCGUUACAUGUUCGCCGUCGCACUUGUCACCGACUUUCUGCGCAUGCGCCGAGUUCCAGUCGGAUCCAUCGUACUAUCAGACUUCAAAGUUCAGACCAGUGUCGUAGCCCGUAGGUAGUUGGUAGUUUUUUACCUGCUCGACCUAUUGCCGUUGUCCAGCUGAUUCUCGUCGACUACGACGGGGGCGGUUUUUAGUACGUCCCGCCAUUGUUUUCGCUGACACAGAGGCAAUUACCGCCCCACCAUUAUCUCCGUCACAAUAAUCGGUCGUCGCGAUCAUCUUUAACCCUUAUCCUUAACUGGAACAGCUACACCACAAGAGCUGGCCAUUGACAAAUUAUUCUUGAUUUGAAAAAUUUAUUUUGCUUGUUACUGAACGGUACGCGUUUUCAAUCAUCUAUACAAGUCAUGGAUGAAGAUAUGGACUGUCCUCACAUUUCCGAAGCAGCCGAGAAGUUGAAGUUAGAUGUAGAGCAGAUUAAAGCUACUCUCAACAAUAGGAGUUGCAAUGUUUGCUUACGAGUAGAUCAAUUAUGGAUGUGCCUGGAGUGCCGACAAAUUCUUUGUGGGCAUAAUGCUGUAGGACACAGUACUGCUCAUUAUGAGUUCCACAAAACUCAUUGCAUAUUUAUAAAUAUCGAAUCUGCGGCUAUAUUCUGUUUCAAGUGUAGUUCUGAUGUAGAACCAAAAAACCACGAUGAUGAACUGAACCGUCUUCGACAAUUUAUUCUCUAUAAUCGUGGACCAAAUACAAAUAAUAGUAACAAAAAGAGAAGACGGAGAAAAGCACCUAAGGCUGUUAAACCAAAAAAGACUAGUUUUAAAAGAGGUCCUAGAGCUAAUAAAAAAGUACCUAAUAAUGAAAAUGACUGUUUUAUAAAUACAGUUACCCAAGCUCUUUGUGAACAAGAACCUAAAGCUGUUGUGCCAAAAACUGCUAACAAUUCAAGUAUAGCACUUAAAGCUGUUGUACCAAAGAAAGCACUCAAAGCUAAACCUAAAAAACCUUUUUUAAAAAGAGGUCCUAGAACUACUAAAAAAGUUGGUAUAUCUAAUAGUGGAAACAAUUGCUUUAUGAUUGCAGUUUGGCAAUCUCUUCGUCAUCUAAAGCCAUUUAUAUAUUGCAUGAAAUUGUUCAAACUUACUGAGAUAAGCAAUAAGCAAAAUAAUAAUAAUUCAGAUCCAAGGCUGCAAGAUUGUAUAGCCCAAGAAAUGUGGAAACUAUUGGUGACCUUAGUUGACUGGCAAAAACCUGCGGGCUAUAAAGUUAGAGAAGCAAUUUCACCAACUGCUCUUCUUCAAAUUGUCUGCAAAAUUAAACCUCGCUACAAAGGAUUUCAUCAACAUGAUGCUCAUGAAUUUUUGAUGUUUACAUUGGAUACUUUACAUUCCGAGCUGAAAGAUGAAAAAAGUAAAUUGUUGUUAGAGGAGGAGGGAAUAACAGAGGAAAACCCUAGUAAAAUUGAUACACUUGUGUCAUUGAUGUUUCGUGGGUUUUUAUUAAGUGAGGUAUACUGUUUAAAAUGCAAUACACCUUCCAGAAAAAGAGAUCCAAUUACAGAUAUUUCACUAGACGUUCCGGAUUUCAAAAACGCAGACCCAACAAAACCUCUACCAGUUGGUCUAUUAACUGAUUGCUUGGAGCGUUAUUUUGAGAUAGAAGAACUAAAUGAAAGAAAUUUUUAUUUCUGUGACAAGUGCGAAAGCCAACAAAGGUCCACUAAGAGAUUUUGGAUGAACGCUUUACCUAAUAUACUUUGUCUUCAUCUUAAACGGUUUAGAUGGGAAGAAACUCAUCGUUCUAAAGUCCAUACGCAUAUUAAAUUUCCUAUGGCAUCAUUAGAUAUGUCUGUAUAUUUUGAUAAAGAAAUGAGAAAUGAAUUGAAAGAUAAAGAUACAUAUAUGUUUGAUUUAAUUGCUGUAGUUGUACAUGAUGGAGAAGGGGGAGGAUCUGGGCAUUAUACUUCUUAUGCUGUAGAUAACAAAGAUGAGCAAUGGUAUGAAUAUAAUGAUGAAAAAGUGCAUGAAGUUGAUGCAUCUUUGGUAGAAAAUGUUCAAGCCUAUAUGUUAUUUUACAUUAAAAGGGAUAUGAAAAUUAACUUUGGUUAAUUGAACAACUACUAAAAUGAUAAAUUGAACAGCUGAAAUAUGAGUUUCAACAUGUUAUCUACCCAACUAUAAUAUCCGUUGAUGGUAUAUAAAAGAAUAUCUAUUUAAAAAUAAUUUAAACAGUAUUCUUAUUGUUAUAUGUUUUUAUGCUUAAAAUAUCAUCGCUAUGUGAAUAUUUUUUUAUUAU